UAUCAGCUUAACAAAGAAAAAUAAAGAAAAACAUAACCGAUUUUUAACUAUUAAACAUGAUUUCUAUUAGAUUUUCUGUAUUAUUCGCAUUUUGUUUAUUCUUAAGCAUAAGUUUUUAUGGAACAGUGGAGUCAACUUAUAGAAAACCACCUUUCAAUGGAAGCAUAUUUGGAAAACGAAGCAACACUGAGUACGAGAGCAAUUCCAAAACGUUGGCAGCCCUAUGUGAUUUUGCUAUAGAUGCAUGCCAAUCGCUGUCUCCCUUUUCCCAGGAAAAAUAAGGUACAAUGCGAUAUUGUAAAUAACGCAACUCCCAACAAAGCUUUUGCAUAUUUGAAUAUAUUUCAUAAAAGUUACCUAGAAAAAACGAGAGAGGGGUUCCCAGUUUCGUUUUUAUUAAGACUUCUGUUAUCUUUAAGCUCUUUCGAUUGCAUUAAAUUAAUCUUCAUUUAAUAAAAAAAUAUUUUUUUUAAAAC